UCGGAAGAUCUCCAGGUUAGUGCGUCAUCAAAUUGAAAGCGAUAUUGUGGUUGCCAAGCAAUCUUUUGAUUUACAGUGCGGAAGGUGAAUCGGGUUGCGAUUGCCAGUAAUUUAUAGAGGUUGUACGAGGAUCGCCCAAUCAGUGGACGUCGGCAACCGGGUUGCUCAACUAAAUCGUUGGUAUUCCCUCAAUCAACGAUUAGAUUUUCUUGUUAUAAAUAUAAAAUUCUUUCCGGCCUAAUAGACGAUACACUAAAAUAGACUUUUUUUCGUUUGUUGAACUGCUGCCUGCUAAACCGUAUUACUAAAAGAAAUAUGAGUAUUAAAGGAAUAUAUAAUAAAUAAAUCUGUGUUAAUAUUAUAUUUAUUUUAUGCUUUUCUUGGCGGUUAACUAGCGGCCUACAUUUUAUGUUAAAAUAUGAACUGUUUAUUGCAAAUGUGGCCAAUGUUAUUCCUUAACCUCUAAAAUGGUCUUUAAUUUUACCGGAAAAGCAGGAAGUAUGAAUAAGAAUCAAAAUUAAUAUACAGGUGGUCACGUGAGCCACAUAGCGAACAUGUUAUGGUUUUUACAAGGUUCCGAAAUAUUGUAUAAAACAAACGUAUGAUAUUGUGUUCGACAGUGCAACAACGAUUUUUAUUCGAGAAAAAUUUCAGUUACUUUUCCAUUGACAAUUUCAGUUCGUGAAUUAAUUGCCGUAAACAGGAAAUGGAAGAAAACCGUUUAUAAAACAAGUGCUUUACAGUUAUGGAUGCCAAUAAAAUGUUGGAAUACUAGGUAAAUGAAAGUGAAAAUUGACUAAAAUAGUAAAGUAGAUACAGUGAUGAAGAACAUAUUUAAGAAGUUACUGGAUAAAGAGGAUGAGACUAAAUUGACACAGUACAUGGUAGUUUUUACUGCUACUAUAACAUUGUUUACAGCUGGUAUAUACCAAGGAUGGGCAGGUCCCUCCUUAAUGAAAAUCCUCUCCGACGAAUAUCCAAUUAAAGUAACAGUCGAAGAAGCCUCGUAUGUAACAAUAGUGGGCCCUGUUGGUCAUGUAAUUGGAGGAUUUUCUGCUUCGUAUUUAGCUGAUUAUGUGGGAAGAAAAAAUACAGUGUUGGCAAUUGGCAUACCUCAGGUACUGUCUUUCUUCUUGAUAUACUUCUCGUACCACAGCAAAUACCUCCUGUACAUUUCAAGAAUCCUUGGAGGCAUGGGGGAAGGUGGUGCUCUAGCCUUACUCCCAUGCUACAUAGCCGAGGUAGCUGAACCGUCAGUGCGAGGAACAUUAGGCACCUUUGUCAACUUGCUUUUGCUCUUUGGUCAGCUAUUCAUCAACACAGUGGGCUCUUUUCUCACCAUUCACGAGACCGCUAUCAUUUGUUUAAUAUUUCCUGUGAUAUUUUGGACUUUAUUCAUACACAUGCCCGAAAGUCCUUACUACUGUUUAAUGAAUAAAGAUCUCGAAGGUGCCAGGAAGGCGUUACAAGUAUUGAGGAGAAAGAAGAACGUGGAUAAAGAAGUGUUACAGUUGUCUUCAGACGUUGACCGCCAGAUGUCCGAGAAAGGAUCUUACAAAGACUUGUUUUGCAUCAAAUCGAACAGGAAGGCUUUCUUACUAGUUUGCGCUACACGAAAUUUCCAGGUUUUUACCGGAAGUAUUGCAUUAAUGUCCUAUGUUCAAAUAAUGAUUUCUGACGCCACAGACCUAUCACCUGUUAUGGGCUCCACUGUCUUGAUUAUAGCCGGGGUGGUGAUGGUAGUGAUAGCCUCAGUUUACGUAGAUAAGUUUGGUAGAAAACCGACACUAGCAAUUUCCUCCUUAUUUACUGCUCUAACCCUCCUAGCUCAAGCUGUAUUUCUGUCUAUACGCGACUACACUGACAUAGAUGUUUCAUCACUCUCUUGGCUACCCCUUUUAAUAAUGACCUUCAACAACUUGGCUUUUAGAGGCGGGUUAGGAGUGGUAACUAACAUUUUUAUCAGUGAAAUUUAUUCGACAAGUAUUAAAGCCAAAGCCAUGAGUCUGGGCAGUCUUAAUUUUGCAAUUGUCAUGAUUAUCAGUACGAAAUUGUAUCAAUUGACAGCUGAUUAUGUCGGAUUGGCAGUACCUUUUUACAUAUUUGCUAUUACUACGUUUAUAGGCAGUGUAUUUUUCUAUUUUGUUCUACCAGAAACUAAAGGUAAAACACUGGAAACAAUACAACAGGAGUUAAAAGGGAAUGUAACAAAUGAAACUAAAACGGAAAAUACAGACCCUAUAUAAUAAUUUUUUGAUAAUAGUAUUUUUUAGACUAAAGUCAGUGUGCCAUCGACAUAUCAAAAAUAGCGAAUGAAAUAAAUAUAUUUGCGUAAUUUAUUUAUUAUUUGCUUUUAUAAGUAUUAAUGAGGUAUAUUAAUAUUUAAUAAUAAUCAAUAAUUAAUUAAUAAUAAGUAAUCUCUUGUCAACUGUGAUAGUAAUGUUUCUUUUAGUAUGUAUGUGUUUCUUUUAGUAUUGACUUUGCAUUAAGUAUAGUUUUUUAUGUAAAAUAAAUAUUUAUA